AAACAGUUAAAAGACAAUACAAACAAGUAAACACAUUUUGUAUUAUGUUAUAGUUUAAUUAUACUCUGUAUUAUGCUUAUCUUUUUUUUUUUCAUUGGAUUUCCAAAAAAGUAUUCCGCGCUUUUAGACACAGGUGUCUUCUGGCAACACGCUUAGGCUGACACGCAGUAACAUUACGGGUUUCUUGUGCCUCACUCUUGUUUAGUAACUGGGGGCUGGGGCUGGAAGCACAUAGCGGGGUGUUAAUCCAGAACUAUAUUUGUCUUGUGUGCUGUACAUAGUCACAACAGCGACUUGCAGACUAUUUUAAACGCAACAACUCCAGGCGUUUCUAGCUUUAAUGAAGAGAGCUUCACAACGUGCUCAUACAAUACAAGGAACUUACCGGCAUUCAGCGAUGACUGUAAGAAAAGUAAACAAACUUGAACAGCCUUGAGGUAGAAAAAAAAAAAAUCGGAAGGCUGGAGAAGUGAGACGAGAAUAUGUACCGUUUUAAAUCGUAAACACAAUGGAUAAUAACACGAGCACCACGUUGUCUGAUGAAGAGGCAUUGAUUGGAGAAGUCCAAAGAGGAGACAGCGAGGACAAUGGAUUCCAAGAAGACAUUGACCUGGUUCAAAUGCAUCUCACCUGUUUACCGGAGAGGUACAUGCACGCGAAGUUUACUUUAUCGGCAUACCUGCUGUGCUGGAUGAUACUACAGCUAUGCAAGAGGGUGUUUUUGAGAUGCUCGCCUACUUGUCAACAGGCCACAGAAACAGUAGAAGACCCUGCAAGUGAAACUGAUUUCUUAGAAGAUCGAGAUUCCGGCCCUAGCCCAGAGGAAACACUACAAACAAAGGAAUCAAGUGAUACUGCUACUGAACCUGCACACGAAACAACAGAGGAGUAUUUUGACACACGGUCAUGGAACAGUGACACUCUUUCUGACAUAAGCCGAGAUAGCUGUGAAGACUCUGCAGUAACAGAGUCCAGGGCUGAUAAGAACCUAACAGACUGCCAACUGGAAACCGAAUCCGAAUCCAAACUGAACGAUAUCAGCUUGGGUUCAGCCGAAGGUUCAUCGAAUACACUUCGAAAAGCCUGUGAUGUUAUUCCUGUUCUUCAAAAACUAAACGAUUCCAAUUCUGACUCAGAACUGGUUUUUGUGUUGCAAGAUUUAGAAUCAACGUGCGAAAGGCAAGAUGAAAAUCUUCUUCUGUCAGAACUAGAACUGACUGGUGUUACUUCUGUGGCACAAACAGAACAAUCACUUGGUAUUUUUAAUACAGAAACACCACUAAAGAUAGCUGGAGUUCCCAUCUUUGUAGACACCAUCUCAGGUCAGGAUGUUACUGAAGCAAGUCAGGUACUGAACUUUACAAACAAGAGGUUAGAAUCAAACAAACUUCAUCCUGAAACAAACUCAGCAUCAGCUGAACAUAACAUAGUACCUGAUGAGCCAGAGGCUGCAGCAGGAUCCACUGCUGAUCUAAGUAGUCUUGUCACACUUUUAGGGACAACUGACUCCCCUGCAGCACAGGAUGAAGCACAACACCAGUUUUAUACUUUUAUAGAUUCUAGAGAAGAAAGACCUUUGGAUUCCGAGACAAGUCCAGAGAUACGCAAAAUUGUUGCUGAGCUACUACAAUCUUUGAGUCAGGAGGAAUCUGUACAGAGCCAGGAUGCACCUGGAACAGAGGACAAUCAGAUUUGUUUAGAGACUCAAUCAAAGCCAGAAGAUGAUGGUCCAGAUUCAAAUUCAGGGGAGGAGGAACAAACUUCUGUUGAUGGUACUGCAGAACAGCAUUGCGUAGAUUCUUCUGAUACAAACUGCGAGAACGUUUGUGCAGACAAUCAGAGACAUGCAGGUUUGCCUGAAUCUGCUCUAUCUGAACUGAAUGUACAGUUAAAUGGUUCAUCCUCUGAAUUGGAAAGUUUUUGUUUCUUGCAAGAAAUACAUUCUGAAGGGAGCAGUGCAGGGCAAGGGACUAGCUCGGAGACAUUGGAGAUCCUACCAGAUGUGACACCAACCAUUUCAACAAAUACAGCAGAACUAAAUGAACCCUGCCCUGUAGCUGACUCAAAUGUAAUUCAGGCUGAUUUGGAGGUAAAUUUUGAUGAAAGCCUGGACCAUACUUCAGAGGAAAAAUCUGGAGCAAAUGAAGUAACGACUAAAACAGCUGUGGAAUCUAAUCACUUGCAAUGUGAAACUGACCUUUUUCAGAGAGAAAGUUUAAAAGACAGUAACUCAGGCUUAAGUGAAAUUCCACUUAAGACAAUAGAAACAACAGUGAGCACAAAUGCACAAUUUAAUAGCGUUUCUGAGGAAACUUAUUUUGAGAUAAACACCACCCCCUACGAACCCCAAUCAGACAGUAAUAAUAAUACAGAAACAAGCUUAGAAACAUACAAUCCUGACCACCCUAUAAGAACAGAGGUAGACCAGGUACUAGUAGGAAUCUGUAGUGGGCAGACUGAUCAUGCUUGUCAAUCAACUGACGAGCCACCAGAUUCUUUGUCGGAGGAAGCAGUUAGAAUUCACUUUAAGGAUAAUCUUAGAGAAAAUCAUUGCCUCUUGCAAGCAGAUAUAAAUGAUAUUGUCAUCAUUAAUAAUCAGGAAAAAAAAGUGAGUCCUCCCAGUUGUUCAGAAUUUGAGCCAAGCAUUGCAGAUGUAGAGGAGACCCCAAGCAACCUAGACUAUGAACCAAACUGGAUCAGCGAUGAGUUGGUUUCAGGGACAAGUGAUGAAGAUCUAGAAUCUGAUCACACUUGUAUUAAAACUGCUCCCCAGAUUAAAACUUCUGUCACAAAUGAAUUCAAGACCUCUCAGAAUGAGAGUGUGGUCAGUGGUGUGUGUCACAUAAAUGCAAGUGCAGUGAUCCAGCAUGCUAGAGAUUGUACAUUGAAUACAGGGACUGAAAACAACAGCACUGGUUCCGGGUGUCAUACCGACUCACAAACUAACAGAAAGUCUUUUGACAGUGCAGGUAACACAGUUGUUGUGUCAAACGGUAACACAAUUAAAGGUAGUCCAGAAGUGGGUUUUAAGAAGUCUGACCACUGUGCGAGUAGCAAAUCCCUUGCCAAAAGAAAGACGAUUGUUCCAGAGAAUCCUGUUGAUACAGGACAGAGCAACUUGCCAAGACUCUCGGAAGCAAGAGAGAUUUUAUUACAGACGGUAGAAGAGGAGGAAAACAGUAAAAAUCUUUUAAGAGAAGCAGCAGUCAGUGGUCUAUCUUUUGAUGCAAAGGAAGGAUCAAAAGCUACAUCAUGCAGAUUACCAGAACCGAGCAGUGAAACAACUCAACUGUGUUCUGAAUCGAGCCUGUCUGCCCAUGAAAUUCCUGAAGAGGGGAGCCUAGAACCAGAUACAAAUUAUAACUUGGGGUCGGUAAACAAUCUCCAGACCAUUCUGGUGGAAAGUUUCCCGGAUGAAAUACAACUGAAGGGUGAAUCCAGUUUAAUCAACCGUCAGGAGAUUGAUCAAGAAGUUAGUAUAGUUACAGAACUCCUACGAAGCAGGAUAACUGCUGAUGAGAAUCUGUUUACUGGCAAAGCUUCAAGUGAUAAGUCAACGACUGAAAGAAAAGAAGAAACAAAAGCAUCAGGACUGAGUCAAAUUAACGACUCUGAUCUGGCCAGUAAGAUACCAGAUACAUUUAAGGAGCAGCAGCAAACCAUUGGCACAAGCGAACAUGACAACAGUGGGAAAAUGAACCCCAUCCUCAAUGGUUACAUGACUAGUGAAAGCCAACUCUGUCCCACAAUGGUAUUGCAGGACGCUGAUGGGAUUAGUACCAACAGCGAAGAAAUGGAUGACAAUUUCUAUACAUUCCUUGGCAGCAACAACAGCCUCCACAAAGCUGUACAGAAACAGACGUCCAAGAGCAGCACGACUGGCAAGACCUCAAAAUCUGUUUUCUCUAAAAUGCCCUCUUUUAGGAGGAAAAAAAAAGCAUCCCGGGACAACAAAGCAAAAGGUGAAAACCCUUCCAAGGACAGUACCAGCGCACCCCAGUUGGAGGACAGCAGUGGGGAAAAAGGACAAGAUAACAUGACCAAGGAUGGCAUACCCACUUAUAAAAUCCAUUAUCCUUUAUACAGGGCACAUGUAUCCUAUGAGUCAGAUCAUCUUCAGCACACUCCUAGGGGUGAAGAGCUUAUCGCAGAUAAUUCUGAGGAAGAGGGGGUCUUUGAGAACAGCAGCACACUCAGUCAGAAUAUGAGUAAGGCUUUUUUUAGUGACAGAAUUGAAAUGGAUGACUAUGGCUUGAACACCUCCACACCACGGACAAAGCAUGUUAGAAAGCUGUAUAACCAGAGUUCAAGCACUGUUGAUGGUGAUACUGCCAGCAGCCCUGGUGACCAGGAGGCCAAAAAGUCUGGGGAGAACGUGGGCUACAAGAGGAGCAAAAGCACAGACAGCCUCAACCUGCGCAUGAGGUUUGCUCUGGCCCACAAGUCCUUAUCAAGCUUCUUCGAGUCAAAGUCCUUGGAAAAAGACAACGAGGAGCAUGGUUCCAAGCUGGAUAGUGAAGAGACCAAGUCCAAACAAAUGUCCUGGAGGAAGUUCAAGAAAGCUAAGGAAGCUGAGUUACUGAAACGUGGCGUGUCGGCCUCAGAUGCACAAAGCACAAGGUCUCCCCAGCAAAUCCACAGCGAAUAUGCCACCAGAAUAUCCAGGAACAUGCAGGAAGGCAGGGCCUCUCCUGCUGUGAAGAGAACCACAAAGUCCAAUGACAGCACCGAACAAGUUAACACAGUUGAAAUCCCACGAAACCCUCUGGAAAGAAGCAAAUCAGCAGAUGGCAAAAAGAGGAAAGGACCACCCAGUGGACUGACGAUUGUCUGCUCUAAUCCUAGUUUACAAAAAUCCUCAAAGAACGACUUGGAUGUUUCUCACCUGGAAGACGUUAGCCCAUUGACGCCAAUUAGCCCCUGCAGUCAGCAAGCACAAGCUAACCAACUAACACCGUCUUGGUCCAGCAACCCCACGCCUUCAGAGGGAAUGGAUGUUCCCCUGAGACCCAUGAGCCCCAAACCCCAGAGCCCACGCCCUGGUGCCAACAGGCGGAGUUUCCGCUACCCUUGCAGGGCCAGUGCAGCCUCUUUGACCUCUCUUGGCAAUGGGGCCAGUUUAGAAGGGCUCACCGAUCCCCCAGAAAGGCCAAAGACAUUGAAGCCCAGAGCAGCACAACUCCUGUCCGUCCAUUCACUGGACACUGACUAUCAGAAGGAGGACAGUGGUAGUAGCAGCCAGUCACAAACAAGCCUUAUCAGCUCUUCUUCAGCCAUUAACAUUCAUAAAGAUGAGGACUUUAUGAAAUCACCAGUCCAAACACCCGACCAGUCGUUCACCCUGCGAAAGAAGUACCCCUCCCCAACCUCGCCCCCCUGCCGCCCCUUCUCAGACCUGGGCAGCUGGACCCUCCCCCUCCCGAGGACUGCUGAGAGUCCCCGGAUGAGCAGUGAGAAGAAGAUGAAGGAGCUGGUGAAGCGAUGCAGCUCAGAUGAUCUGUGGAUUGUAGAAGAGAAGAGACGCAAACGGAAGCUGGCAAGGGAGAUGCCAGUCAGCUUCAGCAGGCAAGGAGCGGAGCUGUCGGACGACAUGUGGAAAGCCCGGGCGAGACUGUCCCUCACUACGUCAGUGCCCUUUCCUCCUCUGCCCCUGAAGGCUCACAGUUUCUCCCAGAGCACUCCCAUCGGCCUGGACUGCCUGGGCUGGAGGCAACGGAUCUCCUACCCGGUGAUCACCGAUGGAGCCCAUGAUAAGACAGCGUUGGUGGACGAUGUUGGCAGUGAAGAGGAUCUGUACGAAGAUUUCCGCAGCUCCAAUCACCGCUUUGGGCACCCUGGAGGAGGAGGGGAGCAGCUGGCCAUAAACGAGUUAAUCAGUGAUGGCAGUGCAGUGUAUGCAGAGGCCCUGUGGGACCACGUCACCAUGGAUGACCAGGAGCUGGGGUUUAAGGCAGGGGAUGUCAUUGAAGUAGUGGAUGCUACCAACAAGGAGUGGUGGUGGGGAAAGAUCCUGGACAGCGAGGGCUGGUUCCCAGCCAGUUUCGUUCGGCUGCGUGUUAACCAGGAUGAACCUAUGGAGGAAUAUUUAGCCAAACUGGAGGAUGGGAAGGCGGAAGAUUCCAGCAGCUCAGUGCGUCGACACGGACCUGGGUUUCCCAGCAAGGACCAGAUGAGGACCAACGUCAUCAAUGAGAUCAUGAGCACGGAGAAGGACUACAUGAAACACCUGAAGGACAUCUGUGAGGGUUAUAUCAAACAGUGUCGGAAGAGAACAGACAUGUUCACAGAUGAGCAGCUCCAUACCAUCUUCGGAAACAUCGAUGAAAUCUACAGGACUCAGAAGAAAUUCCUGAAAGGCUUGGAAAAGAGGUUUAACAAAGAGAACCCACAUUUGAGCGAAAUCGGCUCCUGUUUCUUAGAGCAUCAAACUGAUUUCCAGAUCUACUCGGAAUACUGUAACAACCACCCCAAUGCCUGUGUGGAGCUCUCCAAGCUCAUGAAGGUCAACAAAUAUGUGUUCUUCUUUGAGGCGUGCCGUCUGCUUCAGAAGAUGAUUGAUAUCUCUCUGGACGGCUUCCUGCUCACUCCAGUGCAGAAGAUCUGCAAGUACCCAUUGCAGCUGGCUGAGCUGCUGAAAUACACCCACCCCCAACACAGGGAUUACAAAGACGUGGAGGCUGCCUUAAACGCCAUGAAGAAUGUCGCCAGGCUGAUUAACGAGAGAAAGCGGCGCCUGGAAAACAUUGAUAAAAUUGCCCAAUGGCAGAGUUCAAUAGAGGACUGGGAGGGUGAAGACUUGUUAAGCAGAAGUUCAGAGCUGAUUUACUCUGGAGAAAUGGCCAUAAUCUCCCAGCCUCAAGCCAAGAGCCAGCAGCGCAUGUUCUUCUUGUUUGACCACCAGCUUGUCUACUGCAAGAAGGACCUGCUGCGCCGGGACAUGCUUUACUACAAGGGCCAAAUAGACAUGGAUGACAUGGAAGUGCUGGACGUGGACGACGGGAAGGACAAGGACUUCAAUGUGAGCGUGAAGAACGCCUUCAAGCUGCGCAGCGUGCUCUGUGACGAGGUCCACCUGCUCUGUGCCAAGAAGCCAGAACACAAGCAGCGCUGGCUCCUCGCCUUCGACGACGAGAGGAGACAAGUGCAGCACGACAGGGAGACAGGUUUUGCCAUAACGGAGGUCCAAAAGAAACAGGCCAUGCAGAAUGCAUGCAAGACCCACCCAGCAGGAAAGCCUAAAGCUGUCACCAGGCCUUAUUACGACUUCCUUCUGCGCCAGAAGCACUCGACCCUGCCAGCCGCCCUCCCCCAGCAGCAGGUCUUCAUGCUGGCUGAGCCCAAGCGCAAGCCCUCCAACUUCUGGCAAAACAUUGGGAGACUGACACCCUUUAAGAAAUGAAAGGGAGGGAGGUCCGUGCCUGUGCCUGUAUUGAAGCCCCACCACCCCCCUUUUAAUUGUAUUGGUCCUCGAGAAAGCACUUUAUAGGUUGGUUACAAUCAGACUGAGCACUUGCUCCCAGACAGUAUUCCCAUAAUGGAGGAGGUCAUGUUACUACAACUACUACUACUACUGUGCUUGCUUCGGCAGCACACAUACUAAAAUUUGGUUCGAUACAGAGAAGGUUAGCAUGGUCCCCGCGCAGGGUUGACGCACAACUCGUGAAAUUACUACUACCACUACUACUACUACUACUACUACUACUACUACUGCGUUCUAUUUAUUCUGAAGAACUUGACUGAAGAAAGAACUGGUUUUCAGUGUUUUUGUUUUGUUUGUUUUUAAUGAAUGCCAACUGUUAGCAGUGCCAGAUAGCUUGUUGGCUGUGCAUAGCAUAUUAGCUCUGGAGAGAAAACGGCUCUGUGUAAUACUGAGACAUUGGGUUUUAUUAUGUAUUUCUUUGGAGAGAACACAGUCACACAUUUUCUUCUUCAUUAUCUGGCAUUCUUGCAUGCAUGGAUUUAUAAGAGUUCAUUCUGGAAUUGUCUGUAGAGUAUUCUAUAGAUUGACAUCAUGGGCCCUCUCAUAAUAAAUAGAAGAAAAGAAGAAAAAACAAAAACAGCGAGAAGAACUGCAUUUCGAAUAAUUGUGUGUGUGUGUGUGUGUGUAUAUAUAUAUAUAUAUAUAUAUAUAUAUAUAUGGGGGCUUUUUUUACUAUACAAUAGGAGGUGAAAUGGAUCUUUCAGUGUUAAAGUACUGUACAUUUAUAAAUUGAAUCUGCCAAUUAAAAGAAAAGAUCCAAAGAGUAUAUUUAGGACAUGAUCUAUUUUACGGUUUAACAAAAAACAUGUGCCUAAACUGUAUUACAAAAAAUACAGAAACCGUUUGGUUUUAUUUAUGCCACUUUGUUUAAACUAGACCAAACUAGCUCAAGUAGUCACUCGUCAUCUCUACAGAUAUUUGGAAUCCAUAUCUUCUUCUGAUUAUGUGUCUUAUCACUUCUCUGACCACCUCUUCUCAAUAUCAUUUUUGGUGGUUAUUUUCAUUUUUCAGAGGCAAAAGGAUUAUAAGGCUGCCUGAGGGUGUCAUUGUACAGUAUAUCUUCUUUCAGUUUUUUUAACAAAACACAACUUCAGCAUAAACCCCAAAACAAUUUUAUAUGAAUUGUUGUCUUGUUCGAUUUUCACUUUGAGAAGUCUGAAGCUACAACACCAUAGAGCAGCCCGAUCGUCCACCAUGCUGGUCUGCACAAGAGGCGCAAGCGGUGUGAUAGGUGACUCUCCACUGAUUGUAUCAUCAGAUGGAAAAAAAAAAAAAAAAAAUCACAUAUAUCAUAGUCCUGUUAUACAGCUAAUAAAAAUGUAGAACACAUAAUAGCUUUUCAGAAUACUUAUUUCAGUAAAGGUAAAUGAAUCGUGCACACCAGCUAUAGCCAGUUCCCUGGAAAUGGACUGCCAGAUGUUCUCCCUCAUUGCCGUCUCUUUCUGUGUCCUUUAGUUUACAGCUGCAGGUAUUUUGAUACUGCAAAAAUGAUCUUUUCUUCUGCCAUUGUUUACGGAAGGGAAAGGAAGCUGUUCCUCAUUGGUCAGUUCCCUAGCUGGCGCGUGACAAAAUUGCAAAAACAGACACCACUUUUAUUUUUUUCAUGCUUUGGUGUCGCUUCAGUGUCGCCCAUCACAUCGCAGGCAGCGUGAGUGGUUCGUAUAAAAAAUACAUGUUUUAUUUUUUUGUCAUGGCAUGGUGGUAUGACACAUUUGCUUGUCGCAUCGCAUCCGGUGUGUAGAGGCCUUUAAACUUUAAUAAAUGUAAGUAGCCAAUCAGAAAAGCUGUGAUAGUCACCUUUGUAAAUUACUGCAAUAUGUAUUUGUGUAAAAGACUUUGUCUAUAGCAUGUAAUUAUAUAUGGAAAAUAAAUAUUGAAUAUGAAAUUGAUUGGCCUACACCGUACACUAAGGCUACAUUUGGCCUGUAUAUUUUUUACAAUGGUUGUGGAAAAAUUCUAAACGUUUACUGUUGAAGCUCUGAAUAUUUCUAGUCCGCAGCGAGAGUAUCCUUACAAUUGAAGCUUUAAUUAAAGACAUGCUGUGUGUUCAAAAAGAAAAUUCUGAAAAGCACACCCUAUCUAGAACAGAGAGAGCUAGAGGACUGUCAAACCUGUGGCCCAACAUAGAGGAGAGAUGCUGAUAUGAUAUUAAGAACAUAACAAAUGAUAAAAGAAAGCAUGGAACACUACCAAAGCUAAUUAAGGGAAGGAGAACGGAUUUCUAAAGCUAUAUGAUGGGAAGGAGGGAGAUUAUUUAUUUCACAUUUUCAUACUGUAAGUUAGCUUUUAUAAUUGCGGCCCUGUUGUUCCCUACUGGAGUCUUACAGCUUGGGAUUGUGAAGCACAUAGCCGUAAAUAUCAUGAAAUGUGAUGCAUUCCGUACAUAUAGCUGCAAACUGGGUUGGAUUGUCAAAGCAGAGACUAGAUGGUACGUGCAGUUGUGGAGCUGCAUUGAUUUACUUGACAUCACAUUAAAAUAAAAAAAUAAAAAUAAAAAAAAAACAUUAAUAGGCCAUUCUGGGCAGCAAGGAAGAGGAGCUCCAGUUUUUACACUACAGUCUAGACUCAUGACCUGAAGCAUUAUAUACUGUAUAAUAAAUCCCCUUUGGUGAGUAAUGCACCUUAAGGGUUUUAAUCCCGUUACUGCAGAAAUCCUUCAAAAUAGCCCGAAUCUGCUUUUACUUUAAGAUUUUUGCACAGCUGGGUAAUGCCAGCUAAAUACAAAAUCCUUACUGAUCAAUCCUUUGUUCACAGCAAGAUCUACCAGUUUUUAAAUAUACUGUACUGCCCUCUACUGGAAGAAAAACACCCACUCCAUUAAUUUUGAAUUCAGAGCGAUAAGAAUGGAAUUUAUACUAAACUGCUACAGUACAUGUGCCAACAUAUGCUGGAUUUCUAGCAGUACUUGGGAUAAAAUAAAUUAAUUUGUUCAAACUGUUGUGUAUGUGGGCUGUUCCAUUCUAGGGCACAAAUUGGGUAAUCUGCCAAGCCUGUAGAAAAUCAAAGAGAUUACGACACUGUACCUAACAGGUGGUAUACUGCAUUUGGUGCCAAAGAAUGUAACAAUGUAUAUGCAGAUGUUUAUACACAUACUGGGCUGUAUAUACAUAAUUACAAAGUAAGAUAUUAUUGGGGGCAUACAUUAAUUUAAAACUAAUUUUAACAAUAUUCUAAAAUCUCCUCUAAACUCAACUCCAAAUUCAGAAAAGAUGUGUCUGUAAUAUUUGUCCUGUGUUGCCAUUAUCUAUCAGUUUAAUUCCAUUACCCUAUAGUAUAUGCUAUUGUCUUACAGAUGGCUUGUCAUUUUGCUGAAGAAUGGCACAUUUUGAUAAGACACACACUUACUAUAUCGGUCAGUAAAGCAAGAUCAUGCUAGAUGACCAAGGCUGGGGCAAUGGUGUCAAUUCUAUGCAACAGGAACCCUGGAAAAUGGCCAUGUUGUCACUAAAAAUGACUCACUGGCCGACAUCACAUUAAAAUGUUUUGUCGUCCGCUGGUAAUAUGACGUUACUGAAGUUCACACAGGUUAUUCUCAAAAAUGUCAUGUUCUGAAUUCUGAAACUGGGUUAAUAUCAUGUAACUGGUUUCCUGCGUACAACGUUCAGUAACAUUUCUGUUUUUAUGAAUAUAUGCAAAAGGGAACCUAUUGUACAAAUACCAUUGCUCAACUUAUAACUGAACAUGAGAUGAGGAGAUCCUUUUGGUGGAAUAUUCCAUGUGUUAUUUAAUACGACCCUAAUAUUAAACUGUGUGACAUACCAAGCUGCCUGAAACAAAUGUUGUCAUCAAACUGGUUGGUAACUGAGUCUACUCUUAGUUUUGUAUCUGGUGGUCAGUAGCGCCUUAGAGAGUAAUAUAUCGUGACUAAGACAAUAGCUAUUAUUUGUGGACAAGACAUUAUAAUAAAACACUUUGGAAUGCUGCAGUAAUUCAACAGCGAACCUGCAUAGCUUACGCAUGAAAGCAUUUGAACUUAAUUUGGGCUUGAAUUAAAUACAUACAAAAAAAGGAUAGCUCUGCUGGAAAUAUAUAGACAAUUACCUGCCUAUAGCAUUGGUGUAACUUUGAUUGUGUUCAAGCCUUACAGUAGUCACAAAAUGUGUGUGAAAAUGCUAGUGCUAGUGUUUUUCUAAAAUAACCUAGUCUUAUUACUUGGUGGUAAUAUCUAAUUUAAACAAGUAAAAAGAUUAAAAUGCAAUUUAUUUGCCUACUUAGACUUUCUCAUGUAACAUAUUCAGAAACAAGUAAUGUUACUAAUGCAUUUUGCAUAAAUGAUUUAGAAAACUAAGAUCCAGACAUGUAAUAUUUCUGUAUAUAUAUAUAUUUUCUGAAACAGUUUAGCUCUAAUUUUGUGGGAGAAUGCCAGUGACAAUGCUUCCUGCACUGUUUUAUAUUUCAGCGUGAGCUAGGCACUUGUGAUAUGUAAGUGUAGUUUGUUUAAAAACAAUAAUUCUACAGAUUUCAGUGUUUGUAUAUUAUAUCUUUGUAUGUGAUGGUUGUUUACAUACUGUAUGCACUCAAACCAUGGGAAAUAAAACAGUUUCAAUGGA